UAUCCUUUCCAUUUUAUGAUCUCUUUCAUUGUACUCUCUUCUAUUGUGUGUUCAGCGUUACAAUAGUUUCCUUUCUCCUUUCAGAUAAAAAAAUAAAAUAAAAUGAACGAGUAGAAAAAAAAAAGUGGUGAUUAAAUUGAAACAAAUACGAAAAAGAGAAAAGAAAAAAAAGAAGAAAAAGGAAAGUUUGGAGUGAGAAUAGCAAAUGCAAAUGGCAAUGAUGCUAGGAAGAGGAGGAGGAGGAGCAGUUGGAGUUUCAAGCUUUCCAUCACCAUCAUCAUCAUCAUCAUCAUCAUCUUCUUCUUCUUCUUCUUCUUCUUGCUCUUCUUCAUAUUUCACGCAAAGUACCAAACCUACUUCAUCAUCCACUCUUUCUCUGAGGGUAUGUAAAUUAGUAACUAAUCACAGAAACAUGGUUGCUUGGUCUGCUGUGCAAGAAUCGUCUACUUCUACAGUGGCUGCUGAAACAAAGGAGGAGAAGACAGCUCAAGAAGAAGCUCCAGCAAAGGCCAAACCUCCAGCAAAAGCUGCGGCCAAGCCACUGCCUCAGUUAAUGGAGGAGGAUGUCAUCCCUUCAUUGAAAGCAAUACUUGAAGCUCAACCUGAUCUUUCUGAAAUUGAACUAUCUUUCCAAGACAACAGGUUGGAAGGUUCCUUUCUAAAGAAUGAUAAUCCUUAUUCUUUUUGGGCAUUCUUCCCUGAUGGAGUCCUCACAGGUGCAAAAGGCUUUUCUCUAUCCUCCUAUGGCUCAGGAGCAAGCACAGUUGAGCCCUUUCUCAUUGAUGAGAAGAAAAUCACUGGGAAACAUGUUGUCUUUUGGGUUGAAAAACGUUUGGCAGCUCAAGGAAUCAUUCCUGUGUGGAAAGAUUGAUCUCUUAAAAAACCUAUCACAUUCAUUCCAAAAUGAAAUUUAUGUAAGAUAAUUACCCUUUGAAUUGCAUUUUUUGCUUAAUGACUAAAAUAUACAAAUCCUGUUAAUUAAGGUACACAUUAUUGAUAUACAACCUUUGACAUAUUUCUUGGUUC